CUUUAUCCCAGCAUCCUUAGCGGCGGGCGAAGGAAAAUGAAAUCGGCCAUGUCGUGGUAGAAAUCUGUUCAGAAACAAGCGAGUGUGACUCACGGUGCAACUCACUUACAGCUCUGAAAGUAACACAUCUGACCUUUCGUUUGACAGAAAACUGCUUCUGUGGAAGUAAUUAUUAAAAUCGGAGGACAAACAUGAGCGGAGGAGGAACUCCAUACAUCGGCAGCAAAAUUAGCCUGAUCUCCAAGGCCGAGAUCCGCUAUGAAGGAAUUUUGUACACCAUUGACACAGAAAACUCGACAGUAGCUCUUGCGAAAGUGCGCUCUUUUGGCACGGAGGACCGGCCCACUGACAGGCCUAUUCCACCUCGGGAGGAAGUGUUUGAGUACAUCAUCUUUCGGGGAAGUGAUAUAAAAGACCUAACAGUUUGUGAGCCACCCAAAGCCACUAGUACCCUGCCUCAGGACCCUGCCAUAGUUCAAUCAUCCAUUGGAUCCACCAAUGCUGCAGCAUCGUCAUCAUUCCAGUCGGCUGGGUCCUAUGCCCCAUACAGCAGGGCCCCUGUCGCACCAUACAGCCAGUUCGGUGUUUCAUCCCUUGCAGCUCAGCAGUUUGGAACUGCUGGAGCAGGAGGGUGCACUAGUCCCCAGCCUGAUCCUUUAAAAAAAAGUUCCACCCUGGAGCAGACAGUGCAGGCCCCACCGUCAGCUGCCCCAGCACCGCCUGCACCUGUAGGACAGAGGAGUCAGAUGGGGGCAGCAGCCUCCAGACCCACCAGCACCGCCGCUGGUAGCCAGAAACCCCCAGACCUCCUAGAGCAGAGAAAAGCUCCUGAGGUUCAGAAGGUGUCACAGCCAGAAGGUGAACAAGGUGCUGUUGAAAACCGGGAUCCUAACCAGCGUCACGCCGCUGCUGCUCAGUCCACUCGCCGUGGCCGUGGAAGAGGAAACCGCAGCAGAGGCAAAGUAAAUGUGCGUAGAGAUGGCCCCAUGAAGUUUGAAGAAGACUUUGACUUUGAGACUGCCAACGCCCAAUUCAACAAAGAUGAGAUUGACAAAGAGCUCCAGAACAAGCUCAAACUGAAAGAUGACAAGACUGAAAAGGCGCUGAAUGGAGAAGAAACUGCUGACUCAGAACAUCCGGCCAAUGAGGGGACCACUGAGGAGGAGGAGGCUGUGAUUAACACAUACUAUGACAAGUCCAAGUCUUUCUUUGAUAACCUGUCCUGUGGUGAUUUAAGUAAACCGGGUGAAAGAGGAUUUUCAAGGGAGCGAAGGUCCACCUGGGCAGAAGAGAGGCGAAUGAAUUCUGAGACAUUCGGCAUCCCUCUGAGACACAAUCGAGGAAGAGGGGGUUUCCGUGGCCGAGGCUUCAUGGGGCCCCGUGGAGGCCGAGGGCGACCGCUGAGCAGAGGCUCCUUUGGGCCACCCCGGGGUGCUCCACCAGGUUUCAGAGAGGGAUUCAGAGGUGGCAGAGGAGGCCGGGAUUUCUCUGACUUUGAAUACAGGAAGGAUAACAAGGUGGCUGCAUAGUACUGCAGCAUUGGAUCCACAAAGAUUUGUAGCCCCUCAUCAUGAAAUUAUUCCUGUUGAAGAAAUGCUUUGGUCUCAACAUUUGACAGAAAGAAUGCAGUCACCAGCACUAGGGUUGGCUGCUUUACACGAGGGGGUGAGAGUGCAGCUCCCUUUUCUCCGCUUUGAGAAUUAGGCUUUUUUGUUUUUUUGCCCCAGUCACCAGUUUGACGACGUGUGUAAAUACCUUGCUUUGGAGUAAUUCUGUAUUUUUGCAUCAAUCAAGUUCAUUUCUUACUGAAGUUGUAUUUGAUAAUAAAAGCUGUAUGUAAUCCCACGGAUACUGUGAGUGGGUCACAGUUCAUGUGAUCAUAGCUUUAUUUUUUAUUUUCUUUCAGUUUUUGAUAUGUUGUAUGUUGGCACCAAAAUUCACAGCACUGCCUGUUGUACCAUGUUUCUCUGCUCAGACUUACUUAGUGUGGUUGCUGUGUGCUCAGCAUUUUUAUCCAGUUUGCGGGAAAUGUUUUUUUGUUUUGUUUUGAACAUGCAUUCAUUCUCAAUGAAGUAGUAAGAUCAAUGCCAGCUUAAAGAAACAAAAUCUGAACUGAAAUUCACUAUGAAUGAAUGUAUAACUAGCUCAUCUUCUGCUUAGUGACCCCCCCCCCUCCCCCCAAGCAAAUUGUGGCUUGCCAGACAGACUUUUAGUUUAGUUUUUAGAAAUGUGCAUUCAGUAUUUAGAAUCCCUCAAACCUCCCUCAUCAAAUGAAUUCUGUUUCUGCUUUACGUUCGUAGCUGGACGUCCACAGGCCUGUUAAUGAUCAAUAGGAACCAGUUGUUGAUGGAUAUAUGGGGUUUACAGCAUUAGCUUUAGAAGUCUUUGAUAACUAGAUUUUUUUUUUCUUUCUAAGUCUGUUUUUAUAUAGUUGAUCAAAGAGCAUUCCCAUGAUUUGUGUCUGUGAAAGAGGAACAUCCGAUGCUAUUAAUGCCUGAAGUUCUUACGAGAGGAAAGCCUUGAGUUUAUUCGAUUAAAACCUGCAGUCAGAAUGACCUUGAACAAGUUAGAUUUGAAUCAGACAUGUUUUGCUGUCCUGCCAAAAACAACAUGUAAGCAUUUGGUUGAUCUCAAAUAAGUGACAGCCAGUAAGUACGUGUUUUCUCAUUUUAGUGCUUGUUGAAUCUACCUUCCUGUGUCCCAAACAUACUGAGCCGUCUGUUAAAGCAUGUUCUUUUUCUGUUAUCAGCGUCCUUUUUAAUUGUGUUACAGUUGUGUCAUAUGCAUAGUUAUUAUCCACUGUCUCUACAGUCAGCUGUUGCCACUGCAAAACUAAGUACUUGCAGUGUUGUACGGAUUGUUUACUGAAAAUGGGAAUCUUGUAAAUGGAUUGAAUGUCUCAAAAUGUUCAAUACAAAUGGCAAAAUGUCUGAUAAUUAUCAGCCCUCUGGCUUGUUUGUAUCUCCUCUUUUGUUGCAUUGUUGUCAAUGUGAUGUUCUCUGGAGUGAAUUUAUCAUUAUUAUUAUUAUUAUUAUUACGGACUUGUGAACAAAAGAACUGGAUGUGGUGCCAGUGUGUUGGGAGGUGGAAUAUUUUUUUCUCAUUUGUUAGUACUUUAGGGACUUCAGAGUACUUUUGCCUUCAAAGUGGUGAUUUUUUUUUUUUUUUUUACAGAUUUCCCUUUUAACUUAAAGGUUACCUUUUGACAAAAGUAUUGAUAGCACUACAAGGUGAAACUAGAUCCUACUCAGUAGCUGUGGUUGUUUAGGAUGAAGCAGUCCAGUUUAAAAUGUGCUGUUUAACUGGAUAUUGCACAGAUUGCUGAUCACUGCAUGAUAGCCUUAGGAACCACCACUUUAAUAUGGGCUUUCAUAACGGCCAGCAAUGUUUAAUUUGAGACAAAAAGUAUUACUGAACUAUUGAAAGCUGACAUGUUUUCAUGUUUGUUACUCCUUCCAGUCACUGGAAUUAUAAACCAGUAAUUGUUUUCUUGAGAAUAUCGGCAAAAUUGAAUUUUUACGGAAAAUAAAGAGUUGAACAAUAA